CCCAUUUUCCUUUCCGACAGGGAACGCAACAUUAGCUUGUCGUUGUCGUGAAUUAGCUAGUCAGCUAUGCUAACCCGUUACUAUUGACCACUAUUUUUGAUAUUAUCAACCAUAAUAAUUAUGUCUUUUAAAAGGGAAGGUGAUGACAAGAGUCAAUUGAACAUCCUGAAGAAACGCCGUGUUGCAGAUCUCCUGUCUAAUUAUAUUCCAGAAGAUGAAGCAACUCUUAUGAAUAAUGGAAGAUACACUUGCCUUGUGUGCUCUUACCGUCCUGUGUUUGACACGGUGGACACGCUGACAGUCCACAGAAACGGGAAGAAGCAUCUGGAAGGUUUAAAAGGAUUCUAUGGAAAGAAAGCACGGCUAAAGAAUGAAAUCAUAAAAAGGCACCAUGAAAAAUACGUUGAGGCUGAAGACAAAAGACAGGUAAAUCAGUUGUGAGCUCCAGGUGUGUUUCUUCAUC